UGAGGUAGUAAUGUGACUGGCGGUAUCCCAUAUUUCCCGAUAAUAUUAAAUAAUAACUGGCCUUUAAAACGUUCGCUUUAAUAUAGCGGACUUGUUGAUGUUGCAUGCAGUCACCUUUAAACUCGAACCUGAAUAUGGGCUAUGAAGCUUUCAAAAACAGUGGAGAUGCGUGGAGAAGGCUUUGCUGCUUAUGAACUGCACAUAAUAAGAGGUGUAGCCGUGACAGUAAGGGCGGGGUAAGAGAGUAGCAGCGUUUUCAGGGCGUAUAAGGAAGUUAUAGACUGGGGAGUAAAGGACAACAGGCUGUAUUUGCAAAGCGCUCACUGUCGGAGUUUCUACUUUUAAAAAUGCCCGGAAAGAAAGUUUGCAUCGUUGGAUCUGGAAACUGGGGUUCUGCCAUUGCCAAAAUUAUCGGGCACAAUGUCAAAGCUUCCAACCGCUUUGACCCAAUGGUGAACAUGUGGGUCUAUGAAGAAAUGAUUGACGGGAAGAAACUGACAGAGAUCAUCAACACCGAGCAUGAAAAUGUCAAGUAUCUACCAGGCCACAAGCUGCCCAAAAAUGUGGUGGCUGUUCCAGACAUCACAGAAGCUGUUAAAGGAGCAAAGAUCCUCGUCUUUGUAAUCCCGCACCAGUUCAUCGGGAAACUCUGUGAUCAGAUGAAACCUCACAUCGCAGAGGGAGCUAUCGGGAUAUCACUCAUCAAAGGCAUUGAUGAGGGACCGGAAGGACUGACGCUAAUCUCAGACAUCAUCCGAGAGAAACUACAGAUUGACGUCAGCGUCCUGAUGGGAGCCAACAUCGCCAGCGAGGUGGCGGAUGAGAAGUUCUGUGAAACCACCAUCGGAGCAAGAAAUGAGGCAAACGGCCACAUCUUCAAAGAACUGAUGCAGACUCCCAACUUUCGCAUCGCUGUCGUGCGGGAGAGUGACACAGUGGAGCUCUGUGGAGCCUUAAAGAAUAUUGUGGCGGUUGGCGCUGGAUUCUGUGAUGGCCUCGACUGUGGCGACAACACCAAAGCGGCGGUAAUCAGGCUUGGCCUGAUGGAAAUGGUUGCCUUUGCCAAAAUUUUCUGCAAAGGCUCAGUGAGCUCUACAACCUUCCUGGAAAGCUGCGGCGUGGCCGACCUUAUCACCACUUGCUACGGAGGACGAAACCGGAAGGUCGCAGAGGCCUUCGUCAGAACGUCCAAGUCUAUCGCUGAGCUGGAGGCAGAAAUGCUCAAUGGCCAGAAGCUCCAGGGUCCGCAGACCUCUGCGGAGGUCUACAAGAUCUUAAAAAAGAGGGACAUGGUCAACAAGUUUCCUUUGUUCGCAGCCGUCUACCAGAUCUGCUUUGAGGGCAGACAGGUGAAAGAGUUCAUCACCUGUCUGCAGAACCACCCCGAGCACUUGUAAAGUAAACGGGGUCUGCAGACAUGCUCACUGCUGCUCCUUCAGUAGAGAUUUACUACCACUAGAGGGCGGAAGAGAAUCAUCAGAGAAACGCACAAUUUAACAAAACGAUGACAACCCAGGGCACUUCAUAUUGUCUCCGUCAGUGUCAUUUAAUCAUGGCUCUUGCACAAUAUUUUCGCAGCAUUUUAUUAUAAGUUUUGGGUUUUGUUUUUUUGCUUUUUACCAAUUUUGCUUUUUUUUUAAACGUUGUGUGGCGUUAAUUUCAUUUGAAACUGUGGCAGGGAUAAACUACCAUCAAAGGCAGACCACUCCAUUUGUACUACUGCCAGAAUCUGUCAGUAACUAUUGUCGUAUGUCACUACAGGAUGUCUGUUUGUAACCUGAAAAUCCAGCAUAUUCUUUUUUAACUCUGUAUGUGGAGGUGGGUUUUUUUGUUUUGGUUUUUUUGUUUUUCAAUAAAACCAUUCAUAACAAAACAGUCUUGUCAUUUCUUGUUGAAAUGGGAAGCUGGUAUCCUGUCCUGUGUCUGCAGCUUUAUGACUGAGUGGUGUUUUAGAUCCCACAGUCAGUCUGUGUUGGGCUGAAAGUGAUUCCCAGGAGAGCUGCAGUAACCCAGUGUGAGAGAGCAGAUUAAAGAACAAACGCCGUCCUUGUCCCUACAUUUCAACCCUGUUAUAGGGCAGACCGGUGAAACCUUUGAUAUUCUUUCAACUGGCUAUCUCCAUCUGCUUCCCAUCCCUGUUUAUCUCUGUAACAUGUCCAUUUAAGUCACAUAUUAUGUCUCUAGUCUCUGUUUAUGUAUUUAUUACCUUAAAGAUACAAUCUGUAUUUUUUUUAAAGGAUACUGAACUUGUAGAUAUGCACAGAUUAGCAUGUAAUUACAUCUUCCAACAAACUGACGCAUCCUCAUAAAUGUGUUUAUGGGUGCCUGUAGCUCAGGACGUAGGACAGAUUCUCUGGUAAUCAGAAGGUUGGUGGUUUGAUCCCUGGCUUCUCCAGUCUGCAUGCUACUGCAUGAUAAUAACCCCAAAUUGUUCUCUGAUGUGUGUGAAGGUUAGAUAGGAAAGUGCGUGUAUGAAUGGGUGAAUUAGGUAAGUUGUAUAAAAGUGCUUUGCGUACUCAGAUAGAUUAGAGAAGCGCUAAAGAAUCAGUACAUUUACAUGCAUGCAUAGGAGCAGGUUUGCAGUUUAUGGGAGCCACCACCACAGUUUCAUUAUUAUUAUUAUUUUUGACAUUUAAGUUUUUAUUGAUUUUGCAACAUGUAUAAGAGGGAGAAAAAAAACAAACAAACAAAAAACACAAGAAAACUGCGGGUGUGCACCCCUGCCCUUACAAGUCUAAAAGAAAGAAAAGAGAAACUAACUAACAGUGGGUUCCAAGAGAAGAAACACAGAAAUGGGCAAAUAAAAAUGACGGUAAAGUAACAUUUGGACUGGUGGUUACAGUUAAUAAUCCUUCAGAUUAUGAUAAUAUGGUCAUGAUUUCCUGUUUGCUUCAGAUAGCUCCAAAAGUAGUCCCAAUGUUCAUCUUUAUCUUCUGUAUCGUUUUUAAGUUUAUUCAGCAUGGAGUCAUAAGAAGCAGUCUCUGCCAUCCACCACCAUAUUUUAAUAAAGCGGGCUGGAAGGACAUCACCCUUUACACUAAUGGUGUUUUAUGUAUGUAGCUUGAGACCAGCCACAUACAUAUUGCACUAAAAGCUGAGGUGAAGGAAUACCAUCAUAGGUUUCUGGUGUUGUGGACAGGCUGAUACAUUUAUGCCUACACCUUCUGACUCAAGAUAUGAAAGACCAUACCCAUGUUUUAUCACAGGAGAAGGGGUCCCCUUCACCAACGAAACGAAAACAUGAAUGAAAGGUACACCACCGGUUUCUUUGUAAAAUGACCUCAAGCGUCAGCUUCAGAAAUGAAAUCAGGGUUUUAACAAAUGAAAACAUGUAUAAACUUGCUUAUUUAUUUCUGAUAUUAUUGUCACAGUAACUUAUUGUCAGCAGAUUAGAUAUGUGACCCUCUCAUUUCUGGACAGCUAAGAAGGAGCCUGCUAAACAACAACCAUUUAAAAACUAUAAGCUGUUAUUAAGAGCUAACGUAUGCCAUAUUAGGCUCAGGAUACAAAAUAUCACUUUACCUUUGAUUACGUUCUUAAAUCAUAAUCAUAACUUCAUUCAGUAAGUGUCAGAUUCGAACAAUGUUGUAUCCACCUAAAAGAAAGUUUCACUAAGGUUGGUUAGCGGAGGUUAACAGUAGCUAACAGCGACAAAAACAGUAGCACUUACAGACAUUUCAGCACAUACUCAACAACUCACCUCAGAAGUUGGGCUUCUUUUAUAAAGUUUUACAGUCUCUAGAGUAAAUAAAGGCAAACGCUUCUUAUCAAGCAUUGAUAGCUGAGGUACAAGGCUAAAAGCCUUCCAAAGAUGA